AUGAGUGGUACAAUGCAAACAAAGUUAUUCAAAACUGUCUGUAAACGUGCUGCAUUAAUGCGUGCUCCCUAUCGACAAUCCUCAUGGACAAAUAAUAUCAGUCCAACAAAAAAGAAGUUGUCAUCACAAAGUAAAAUAAAAAGCAAUGUUCGAACAAAAUCCAUGGAAUCAAAUAAUAAUAAUAAAAAAUUAAUAAAUAAAAAACUUGUUUUGCCGUUUUCUCGUCGAUUGAUUCUAAUUGAUCGUCCAUUUGAAAAAACAAAUCAAAAUGCUGUGCACAUAGACAAAAAUAUAUAUGGUGAUUAUCAAAGUCAACAAUCUGAACUUUCAUCAUCAACAUCACAAUACUAUUUAUCCAGUGAUGAUGAACAUAAUUCUGAACACAAUAAUUCAUAUGUAUCAAUAUCAUCACCACCAUCACCAUUUCUUUGUGAUCCUUAUGAGUCGUAUGAUUGGGAGUGUUAA